GGUUAAUAGUUUUCAAUAAACAAAAUGGAAACUAACUUAAAGAACAUUAUCGUCAUAGCUGUUGGAUUUCUGUUUUUAUUUACAGCUUAUGGAGCUCUUCAGAAUUUGCAGAGCAGCCUUAAUAAGGCUGAAGGACUAGGAGUGGCUACACUUAGUGUUAUCUAUGCAUCCGUGAUUGUGUCUUCCAUGUUCCUUCCUUCAAUUCUCAUUAAGAAAUUUGGCUGCAAGUGGACCAUUAUAGCCUCCAUGUGCUGCUAUAUCAUUUUCUCUCUGGGAAACUUCUACGCCAGCUGGUAUACUUUGAUCCCCACUGCCAUAAUCCUAGGUCUAGGAGCAGGCCCGCUGUGGUCUGCAGAAUCUACUUACCUUACAAUAAGUGGAAAUAUUUAUGCAAAGAAGACAGGAAAACGUGGGAAGGAUAUUGUCAACCAAUAUUUUGGCAUCUUCUAUCUCAUAUUUCAGUCCUCUGGUAUCUGGGGAAAUUUGAUUUCAUCUCUGGUGUUACAGCAGGAGCCCCCCAAAGGAGAAAUAUCAAAAGAACAAUUGACAACUUGUGGAACAAAUGAUUGUUUUGCAACCAGUGCAUCUUCAAACAGUACUAAGCGUCCAGCAGAUGAGUUAAUCUACACCCUGCUGGGUAUCUAUACUGGAAGUGGUAUUUUGGCAGUGUUGCUGAUAGUUCUAUUUCUUGAUUCAAUUCCAAAUGAUUCAGAAGAAAAUGAAGAAGAAAAGAACAAGUCAAUUUCAUCCCAUUUGCUGGAGACUUUCCAGCAACUUAAAGAUAAGCGGCAGCGUCUUCUCAUUCCUUUGACAAUGUAUGGUGGAUUUGAGCAAGGAUUCCUUUCUGGUGACUAUACAAAGUCAUACAUCACCUGUCCUCUGGGGAUACACUACGUUGGCUUCGUGAUGAUCUGCUUUGCAGCCACCAAUUCCCUUUGCUCAUUCUUAUUUGGAAAGAUCUCCCAGUACACUGGAAGAAUGGCUUUGUAUGCACUAGGUUCAGCGGUACACUUGACUUGCAUAAUUUUCCUUUUGACGUGGAGACCUGAUCCCUCUCAGAAGAUUAUCAUCUUCUUAUUUGCUGCCCUCUGGGGAGUCGGAGAUUCUAUUUUCCAGACACAAAACAAUGUCAUCUAUGGAGUUCUAUUUGUGAAGAACAAAGAGGCUGCUUUUGCCAAUUACCGCUUAUGGGACUCUCUCGGAUUUGUCAUUGCUUUUGGAUACAGCACAUCUUUGUGUGUCAAAACCAAGCUAUAUAUCCUUCUCGGGGUACUGAUUUUGUCAAUGGUGUCCUAUGGGAGUGUUGAGUACUUUGAAUAUAGGAAGUCCCGUGAGACACUUGCUGAUAAAAAGGAAAGUCAACCAGAAGAAACAGUUUCUCAAACAGUUUCUCAAACAAAUUCAACAGAAUGA